GAAGUUGUCAUGGAGGAGGUUAGGAAACAAGUCAAGGCGGCUUUGGACGAGCGAGAGUCAGAGAUGAAGCGACUACAUGAAGAAAACCAGGAGCUGCGACAAGUUGUGAUGGCACUCACAGAUAGGGAGUUCGGGAGUGGAGACGUUGGUCACCACAGCGGUGCUUUGGUGGCUCUGUCGAGGCAAGUCGUUUUCCCCCUGGACUUUCUGCACAAUCUUCAGUACCUGGUGGCAAUCCUCAUGGUCAGGGGCCUAAUGGAGCGCAGCCAGCAGCCGGAGUGGCCGGGGGAAGCAAUCGCCGUGCAGGCCAACUUACACUUCCCGCUGGACUUUCGGCACAAUCUUCAGUACCUGGUGGCAAUCUUGUCGGAGGUGAGGCAGGAAAUGGCCAUACGGGUUUCAGCGAACAAGGUCAAGCAGGCAGGGAGGGUAUCAGCCGAACAAGCCAACCCUUGCUUCCCGCUGGACUUUCGGCACAAUCUUCAGUACCUGGUGGCAAUCCCCAAGGGACAGACAACAAGCGUGUUGGUCAUGAAUCCUGGACGGGACUACAAGGUGCGAGCGGUCAUGGUGAAGGACAAUGCCAUGGUAGAUCACUUGCACCUGCUGGUGCAGGGUAUGAGGCAGUUGCAGCAGCUGCAGAUGAACAAGAAGGACCAUUCCGAGGCUGAGGCGGUAAAGGGCAGCGUGGAGCUGACAAAGAUGCCUGAGCCUGGGGAUGCGGCGGUGGAGUUCAAUGACUGGAUGUAUGUCACGGAGCAGAUGCUGGGAGCCUUAACGGACAAUGCCAGUGCGUGGUUCGCUCAGUGUCUCAGGUGUGCACAAGAGGCCUACUCAAGGUACCAGAACGCCUCGGCUUUGGAGCGACUCAGCAUUGCGCCGAUCCUCACUGAGCCCCUCAAGGACCCUAAGUGGUUUCGUCUGGAGAGAAGGGUUCUUUCGCUGCUCUUGAGUGCGAUGCCGAAGGCUGUGAAGGAGGACACUAUCACCCAUCGCAUUGAGACAGUUGCGGGGGUUCUUUAUCGACUUCACGUGAUCUACCAGCCCGGAGGCACUUUGGAACGAACGGCCAUCUUGAAGCACUUGGAAGGAGCCGUGGGAUCAGAUGAUCCUGGAGAAGCCGUGGCCCAGCUACGGAGAUGGCGUCGUCACUUGGUGAGGGCGGAGGAGAUGUCCAUAGCGUUACCGGAUGCCAGUUUGCAGCUGCGGGGGAUAGAGAUGAUCACUUCCAAGGUCCUGGAGAAGCUCCCGGAUGUAAAGUUUCGGUUGGCCCUUGCAAAGAACGAGCUGCGCCUUGCUUCGUCUCCUACAGCAGAAACGGUGUUGAAGUACUACCAGCACCUCCUGGCAGAGCUGCAGCAGGCGACACCUACCACCAGAUCCGAACAUGUCAGGCUAAAGGGAGCGACAGCCACCACUACCACAACCGGGCCUGGCACCGGAGGCUCUGGAACCCCCGGUGGAUCGCCCAAGAGGGGAAAGAAUCCAUGCAAGUUCUUCCAGUCAGAAGGCGGUUGCAAGAGAGGCGUGAAUUGCACAUAUGCUCACGAGUUCGCCAACAAAGCAGAUCGCAAGCAACGGUGUUGGUCCUGUGGAGCCACGGGGCACCGUCAGCAGGAGUGUCCGACCAAUGGUGGCGGAGGCGGAAAGGGCAGUGGAAAGGCUGCUGGAGCGGGAACAACCUCGUCUACGACCACGGCUUCCAAUCCCACCGCGAGUGUGGCGCAAGUGCAACAGGUGCCAAGUGAUGCGGCCAAUUCCACGUCGCAUUCUGAGGCGCUUCCCUCUUCGGCUUCGGCUUCAGCUGGUGCGGAGGACGCAACAGCCCAACGGGAGGAGAUGAAGAAGCUACUACGGGAGGCGAGCUCCAUGCUGAGUAAGAUUCAACUGAUGACCUUGCGAAUGGAGGACACCAACAAGGCCACGGAGGACUUGGAGCUCUUGCUAAGGUCAGCUGGAAUGGAUCAGCAUGGCUUGGCUCUCCUAGAUUCGGGUGCCUCUCAUCCUUUUCGUAGUCCUACAGACGACAAGGAGCUCGAGAAGGCGAACAAUGUUGGCGUGGAGCUAGCAGAUGGACAACUGGUAGAGCUAAAACAGACAAGCACUGGCACCUUGCUCAAGGCGGGCGGUGAAGGAGCUCGGGCACCUAUCGUGCCCUUGGGGGCACUGGUGCAGCAGUUGGGUUGUUCCAUAAACUGGUCGAAGCGCCAAGGCCUACGAGUGAUUCAUCCGGAACACGGAGACCUCAAGGUGAAGAUGAAAGGAAGCUGUCCCUACAUCUCCGAGCUCGAAGCGCUGAAGCUCAUCGCUGAGAUUGAGGAUAAGAAUUUGGAGCGAUUGCAGCAGACCACAAUGAGAAGCUUGUGGACUUCCUCUGCUUCGUCAGCCCAGCUCUCAUGGAGUGCCUAUUUGGAGGCCUUUGCAGCCACCGGAACAAGAAGCAAUGCCCUGGCAGCCAUGAUGAGCGCGGACUUCCCAAUCAAUCUGGAAACGGUGUCUGAGCGGUUCAACUUUGCGGGCUUUGAGGACAUUGACUUGAGUGACAACGCAGGGUUUGGGUACCUGAAGUCGCUGCCAGUAAACAGGAAGAUCAGGAGAAGACUGCAGGGAUCCAGAUGGAUUGUCCACCUUUAUGAUGGAAAGAACGAGAAUACCUCCCACGAGCUGAAGAAGUUUGAGACCGAAGACAUUGUGGUCUUGGAGAUCGACGUGCAACGGUCCAAGAUGUACAACAUGAAGGGCUGGAACAACGUGCUUCGGGCUCUCCUUUGGGCAGGCUGUCGUGGGCAGAUAGAAGGUAUCCUUGGAGGACCUCCACGUAAUGGUGGUGAUGAGCUACGGCAGAAGCUGAUGUAUGCCUGGAUGGUGGCUGAAAGGGGAGCAGAGAUCAACAGCCUCAAGAAGCCUUUCCUUUUCAUGGAGUACCCGGGUGAGAUGCCGUGGUGGAAGUCUAAUGAGUGGAGGAACUUCCGGGAUGAGUACCAGCUGUCACAUGUGUGUUUGGGUGCCGGCCAGACUCAGGUGUUCCACGCCGCUACAAACAUGAACUUUGUCAACCACAUGAAAGAGCCGGGGGUUGAGAAAGGAGUAUCCACCACAUGGACUACAGGUUUGCUACGGGCCGUGCGCGAUGGUGUGAUGGAGUGGAAUAGGUGGCCUGAUCAAGUACGGCAAGCUCAACUACUCUGUAAAAUGGAAGGUCGCCUAGAGGACAUGUCCGAGAAAGAGCUCAAGCAGUGGGCGAAGCACGUCAGGGAUGGCCACGUGCCAUUCAACAAAAGAUGCAGGACCUGCGUCGUGAAUGCUGGCUUGGGGCGACCCCACAGAAAGGUCCUGGUUCCUUCGGCUUAUGUCUUGAGUGUUGACGUGGCGGGUCCGUUUAGGACCAGAGGAAUCGAUGCUGAUGGCAAGUACCGCUACGCACUUGUGGGCUCAUACUGCAUGCCGAGGCUUGAAGGAUACAAAGAUGUGGACAUCCCCCUGGAGUUGCCGAAGGCUGAUGGGAAGAGUGAUCCAGAUCCACCACAACCGAAGGCCGAUGGGAAGAGUGAUCCAGAUCCACCACAACCGAAGGCCGAUGGGAGGAGUGAUCCAGAUCUACCACAACGGAAGAGUGAUCCAGAUCCACCACAACCGAAGGCCGAUGGGAGGAGUGAUCCAGAUCUACCACAACCGGACGCCGAUGGGAGGAGUGACCCAGAUCUACCACAACCGGACGCCGAUGGGAAGAGUGAUCCAGAUCCACCACAACCGGACGCCGAUGGGAGACGUGAUCCAGACAGUUUGCGACCAGAUGCAGAUGACGGUGGUGGGGUGGGUCCGAUGUUUGAGGAGGAGGACGAGUUUCUCCAGGAAGAGGAAGUUGAGGACCAGCCAUUCUCUCCUGAUGACCAAGUUGACUUGGAGCAGAAGAACGAGGACUAUAAGAAGUUCUACAGCGAGGCUGUCAAGGAGGUUGGCGAGCCCUUGGAGUUUCAAACGUUGCUGUACGUGAUACCCCUCAAGUCCAGACAGAAGGUCGAUGUCAAUGCGGCCAUGAGGCGAAUGUACUUGCAACUACGUCAAGAAGGACAUCCAGUUACCCGAGUGCACUCGGAUAGAGCGCGCGAACUCAAGUCGUCGACAUUGAGACAAUGGCUGUAUGAGAAAGAUAUUUGGGUUACCACUGGAGAAUCCCAAACACCUCAACAAAAUGGCCGAGCCGAAGCUGCGGUGAAGAACCUGAAGAAGUAUGCCAAGGUUUUGCUUGCGAGUUCUUCACUCCCACGAGAAUGUUGGCCCCUGGCUAUGACGUACGCAGCUCAAAGACAGCGCCUACGAGCUUUGGCAAAGCCUCGGGCCAAGGACCCAGGCUUUGGAGCAAGGGUUGCGGUGAAGUCAAAGGUCUUUGGCACCGGGGGCUCGUAUGACCUAAACCCCCGUUGGCGCGAGGGUCAGUUCGUGGGCUACAGCAGUGACGUGAAGAAUGGCCUGGUGGUGAGGUACAAUGAUGGAACCUUUGUCACUAGUUGCCAUGUACGAGAAGGUUUGGUGGAUGCGGAGGCCAUCGCCGACGACGAGCCCGUGGAAGUGGACCUACCUGUUCCGACGAGAAGAUUGAGAACGAAAGCCAGGUUGGCUCUACUCACUAGUGCGUACAACGAGAUUGAGUCCUAUGCGAGAGACUUGGAUGUGGAUGAGAUGUAUGAAGUUGAUGAUGUACUACGCCUCUGGAAAAGGCUCAAGGAGAUUCCAAGACCAAGGAGACGGGGCGCAAAGAUGUCAACUGUGGAUGAGAACUCUGAGUCCUUCUACACUGGCAGUUAUGUUCAUGGAGGAGUUUGCGGAAUCACGAAAUUGGCCCGGCAGCUUCCCAACACCACGGCCUACUUGGUGAAGGCUGCGAAGGAGAUAACAGGACGAAGCCACUUUGGGUGUGUGGCUAUUGUUGAGAAUGUUGGCAUGGGUCCGCAUCGCGACAGUCACAACCAAAAGGGGACCGAGAAUACAAUCACGGCCUUGAAUGACUUUGCCAAUGGCGAGGUAUGGGUUGAGAAGAAAGAAGGCGACUACAGCUACGAUGAUGAGUGGAGACAA